GCUGCACAUUCCCAUCACAACAACUCCAGCAGCAAACUUCUUCAACACAUGGAGACACUUUACCGGGAUAAAAAUCCACCUGGAAAAAUAAUUCCUCGUGGAGAGACGCUGAUAUUCCCGCUGCUGGUUGUCCAGAGCUUAUAAACACUGGACUUUUAUUUGUCUUCUCUUUUUGGGCUAGCUAGUCAUGCUAGUUAGCCUUCGACUGAAAACACAAAUUAUAUCCAAAAUAUCUUAAUUUUUUCAUUGCUUUGGAUGAAUAACAGACUCGAGACGCCAAUGUAAACUUAAUAUAAUCGUAUUUGACAGCGUUUCUGCAGUUUUGUCCAUGAAUUACGUAUGUAGUUUAAUAUUAGCUCACGCUAACUGAAAUAAUAACGGGAGUUUCAGUGGUUUGGAUAUGUUUUCUGGAGAUACACGGUAUUAAACGUGUUUAACUCGGGGUUUAUGAGUGAUCUGAGGAACUCUUUGUUCGGGAGAGGAAGAGGAAAAUGAGGAAGAGGAAGAUGAUGGCGAUGAAGAUCAGCUCAACAGGGAACUGCUGAUUAUAAACAGACACAUUCAGAGAAAAUGCCUAGAAGAAAACAGUCGAACCCACAGCCUGUCAAAUUGGGAGCUGAAGAUGGGGCGGCAGUCGGCAAUCAGGAAAACCUGGUCCUGGAGAGUGACUUCCUCCUCGGACAGGAACUGGGUUUUGGAGAAAAUGACUACAGGAUCGUGGGUUUUGAGAGGGACUCGGUAGACUCGGUCACGGCUGACAUGGGAAUGCCGGUGUAUGGUUUCAGCGAUGAGGACUGCUCCAGCUACAACCGUCUCAGCAUGGAGAGCGACUUCGAGGACCCACGAGACACGGAGAGCGAGCGGGAGGAGAUGGGUCCCGACACCACGUUUGCCCCGUACCUCUCCUGCAGGCAGUGCGGCCAACUGCUGGGCGACCCCCUGAGCGGCGCGCUGGACCUCGCCGGCCUCUACUGCCUCCAGUGCGGCGCCGAGGGUGGAGACGCAGACCGGCAGGACCGUCCACUAGAGGAGGCCCACCCCACAGACACCGCUCAAGGGAAGGCAAACCGAGGCAGAUCCACAUCUGACGGAAGCUCUUGUAAAACGUACUCCUGCAAACUGUGCAGCUUCAGCUCACGUUACUCCAACCACUUGAAGCGGCACAUGAAAACGCACAACGGCGAGAAGCCGUACCGCUGCCAGCAGUGCACGUACGCCUCUGCCCAGCUGGUGAACCUGCAGCGGCACGUGCGCACGCACACCGGCGAGAAGCCAUACAAAUGCGAGUUCUGCACAUUCGCGUGCAACUCUCUGGGUAACCUGAGGAGGCACCAGCGCAUGCACACGCAAGAGAAAGACCUUAACUGCAGCCAGUGUGACUUCAGAGCCAACAACAGCCACUCCUUAAAUAAACACAUGACGAGCCACAAGGAGGACGAAUCGACAGCCUUAACGGAAGAGUCUGUGGUGUCUGACCUGACUCUGCACAUCAGUAGCGACCCUGACUUCCUCCAAAGCUACGAUACCCUACGAACUGACCGCCAUCCUCCCACCCUGCUGCACGCUGAGGGUUUGGCCAAAGAGUCGGACCCUCUGCCCGAGCUGCUAUUUCCCUUCACGUGCCGUGUGUGCGGCGCGGUGCUGGAGGACGAGGAGGGCGCCACGGCACAGAUCUGCAGCAAAUGCACACUAGACAUGUUGUCCAAAAGCUCCCCGAGCAGCCCGGAGAAAGGUGACAAGCUGUUCUCGUGCACAUCAUGUCCGUUCGUCACACAGUACCCCAACCAUCUCGCCCGCCACAUGAAGACUCACAGCGGCGAGAAGCCCUACAAGUGCCCACAGUGCAAUUACGCUUCCGCCCACUUCGACAACCUCAAGCGGCACCACCGCGUGCACACGGGCGAGAAGCCCUACAAAUGCCGCGUGUGCGACUACGCUUGCGGCAACCUGGCCAAUCUCAAGCGGCAUGAGCGCAUCCACUCGGGCGCCAAGCCCUUCCAGUGCAGCGUGUGCAGCUACAGCUGCAACCAGAGCAUGAACCUGAAGCGCCACAUGCUGCGGCACACCGGCGAGAAGCCCUUCAAGUGCCAGGAGUGCGGCUACACCACGGGCCACUGGGACAAUUACAAACGCCACCAAAAGAAGCACGGCCACUCCGCCGAAGGCUGGCCUAAGAUGCAGCUGCCGGAGAAAGAGGAAGAGGAUGAGGAAGGAGAAAUGUAGUGAAAGCUCUCUAUGAUGUCUAUCUCGAGUUGCCUUAUUAUUAUUUUCAUCAUCAUCAGAGGAAUCCAUACGGUAACAGUGAGUCGCAACAGGGCCGGUGUGCUGUUUUUUUUGAGGGGGGGGUUUAUUUCACUUGAUUGUAUGUUGUCCAACUGUUUACAGCAGAUGAUUUCAAUCCAAGAAUCACAGGUUUGCAAGUUAUGGUCAUUAUCUUGAACUGAAAGAGCACAUUUAUG